AUUUCUUUGUUAUCCGUAAGGUUUUAUAUUAUAAAUACUUUAAUUAAGUCACGCAAUAAAAAAGAUAGACAUGGGGAAAGGAUUUCAAGUUGUUGUUGUGGUGAGAGAGUAUGAUCCAAAGAGAGACUUAACGAGAGUGGAAGAGCUUGAGGAAAGCUGCGAAGUCGGAUCUUUGUUAGUUGAUCUCAUGGGUGAUCCGCUUGCCCGGAUCCGACAGUCUCCUUCUUUCCACAUGCUGGUGGCAGAGAUCGGUAACGAGAUAGUUGGGAUGAUCAGAGGAACGAUCAAGAUGGUGACACGUGGUGGAAAUGCAUUACGUCAAGAAGACGGUGUUUCGCCGGAAAUAAGCACCACCAAGCUUGCCUUCGUCUCCGGCCUCCGAGUCUCUCCGUUUUACAGGAGGAUGGGAAUAGGACUGAAGUUGGUGCAAAGACUCGAAGAAUGGUUUCUACGAAACGGUGCCGUUUACUCUUACGUGCAAACCGAAAACGACAACACAGCUUCGGUCAAACUCUUCACCGAGAAAAGCGGUUACUCCAAAUUCCGUACACCCGCUUUCCUGGUAAACCCGGUCUUCAACCACCGAGUCACCGUCUCUCGCCGGGUCAACAUCAUCAAACUCGCUCCCUCCGAAGCCGAGUCACUCUACCGCGACAGGUUCUCCUCCACCGAGUUUUUCCCUUCGGACAUCAACUCAAUCCUCACCAACAAACUCUGUCUCGGCACUUAUAUGGCCGUGCCACGUGGCGAGGACCAUCUUCCCGGGUCGUGGGCCGUUAUAAGUAUAUGGAACAGUAAAGAUGUGUAUAGACUACAAGUCAAAGGAGCGUCGCGUCUCAAACGCAUAUUAGCAAAGACGACGCGCGUUUUCGACGGUGCGUUGCCGUUUUUGAAAAUCCCGUCGUUUCCAAAUCUUUUCAAGUCGUUUGCGAUGCAUUUCAUGUACGGUAUCGGCGGAGGAGGGCCACGAGCGGCGGAGAUGGUGGAGGCGCUUUGCUCACACGCUCAUAACUUGGCUAGAAAAAGCGGUUGCUCCGUCUUGGCUGCUGAGGUGGCCAGUUGUGAGCCGCUCAAAGUUGGUAUUCCUCACUGGAAAGUGCUCUCACCGGAGGAUCUUUGGUGUUUGAAAUGUCUCCGAGAUGACGGGGACGAUGACGGCGUAGAUUGGACCAAGUCACCACCUGGAUUGUCUAUUUUCGUUGACCCUAGAGAAAUAUAAUAAUUUGCAUAGAAUAUAUACAUAUUAGAGGAAUCUAACCACCAAACACAAAAACAAACAAAAAUUUCAAAACCAAAUACUAAAUCUGAGUGUUAUACAGACUUAGUUGCACCUUAUCAUUUUCUGUAAUUUCAUACUGAAUAAAUCGGAUUACAAGCACAAGCAUAGCAAAACUUUGGUAUAGUGUGUAACUUGAA